GGCGCGGGGAGGCGGGCGGCGCCGGGGCGGAGGGAGAGAAGGAGGGAGGCCCCGCUAUCCAGGAGUUUCUCCAGGAUCCCUUCGGAAGGGCCCUCCCCGGCGGCUCCCCCCGCAGAGCGGCGAGUGCGGCGGUGUCCAUCGGGUGGCAGUGCCGGCCCCUUCCUGCCGGCCCGGCGGAGGGCGCGUUCAGCCGAGCGAGCGAGCCCGUCUCGUAGGAACACAGGGAUCGUUCAUGCACUGCAGUUUCUCUCGCCUCUCUCCCUCCCUCUCUUCCUCUGCUUCCGAGGAUAUUUUGGGUGGAUUGUGGUUAUCAAUCAAGACCUCCUCUUUGCUGAUCACUUGUCAUUUUCACCGGGGAUUAGUAUCGUUCAGGGCAAGCGGACAACUGAUUUUUUUUUUUUUCUUUCUUCUUUUCCAUUUGGAGAAUUUCCCACCGAACCUCCCCCCUCCUUUUUUUUUUUUUCCUUUUUUUUUUUUUUUUUUUUUUUUUUUUUUUGGCGCUGCGGUGCGGGUGCUAGGACCCGUCAGGCACCCUCCCCCGGCCCCCCCUCGGAGCUUUUUCCCCACAUUCGCCCGGCGCCAGGAAAGGAGCCCCCUCUGGACCGUCGCUCGCCGGAUACUUGGUGCGGGCAGCCGGGAUCCGGCCCGCGGCGCGGCGCGCUGGGCGCGGAGCUGCCCGCGGGCGGCGCGGGGGCCCCAGGCCGGCCGCCCCCUUCCCCCCGCCCCCCCUCGCCGCACCUGGAUGGUUCCUCCCGCCGGCGACGCGGGCACUUUCUGAACUAGGAAGGAAGGGGCGACUCGGGGGGGGGGGUGGGGGGCGCCGAAGUCUGUAUGGAAUUACCUGCGCCCCCGGCGGAGCUGGCAGCGGUGGAUGGAUGGGCGCCGCGUCCGCGGCACUCGCGGCCAGCUGAGCCCCAGGAGUAAACACGGGGCUCCUCCGGCCGAGUGCGCAGUGUGGUGACCGGCACUCGCCUCGCUGACUGAUCGCACCGGAGGAAUAUUUCGGGAGACUCCUGUGGGACCCCUUGUGACACACAGGCUGCAUACCUGUACCACCCAUCUCGAAGGAAAGCACAAUUGUCUCCAGAAGGUGUUAUAAAACUGGUGCUGUAGAGGAGUAGGCACUGACAGUGUGGGAAUGUAUUACAUGAUACAUGUAAAGUGGCAUGCAGCAUGCAAGGAUUUGCAAAUUCAGGACAAUAGAGAAUGGAAGCAGCCACGGAAAGACAGAAGAUGAAAGCUCCUAUUCCCAACUUGAUUCUCUUGUAUGCUACUCUGACUCAGAGCUUGAAGGUUGUAACCAAAAGGGGAUCAGCUGAUGGAUGCACUGACUGGUCUGUGGAUUACAAGAAAUAUCAAGUUCUAGUGGGAGAACCUGUUCGUAUAAAAUGUGCACUCUUUUAUGGAUAUAUUAGAGCUAAUUACUCCCUAGCCCAAAGUGCUGGACUUAGUUUGAUGUGGUACAAAAGCUCUGGACCUGGAGAUUUUGAGGAACCUAUAGCUUUUGAUGGAACCAGAAUGAGCAAAGAAGAAGACUCCAUUUGGUUCAGACCAACAGUGGUACAAGACAGCGGGCUCUAUGCAUGUGUUAUAAGAAACUCAACUUACUGUAUGAAAGUGUCCAUUUCGCUGACGGUGGGUGAAAACGACACCGGACUCUGCUACAAUUCAAAGAUGAAAUAUUUUGAAAAAGCUGAACUUAGCAAAAGCAAGGAAAUCUCAUGUCCUGAAAUUGAGGAUUUUUUAUUUCCAUUUAGGGAGCCUGAAAUUCUAUGGUAUAAGGAAUGCAAGUCAAAGACAUGGAGAUCAAGUAUUGUGUUUAAAAAGGACACUCUUGUCAUUCGGGAAGUUAGAGAGGAUGACAUUGGAAAUUACACUUGUGAGCUAAAAUAUGGAUUCUUUGUUGUCAGAAGAACUACGGAGUUGACAGUUACAGCACCACUAACAGAUAAACCACCAAAGCUUUUACACCCCUUGGAGAGUAAGCUAACAAUUCAGGAGACCCAGUUAGGUGGUUCUGCUAAUCUAACCUGCAGAGCUUUCUUUGGAUACAGUGGAGAUGUCAGUCCUUUAAUCUACUGGAUGAAAGGGGAGAAGUUUAUUGAAGAUUUGGAUGAUAAUCGAGUCUGGGAAAGUGACAUUAGGGUUCUCAAGGAACAUCUCGGCGAACAGGAGGUUUCCAUCUCAUUGAUUCUUGACUCAGUUGAAGAGGCAGACCUAGGAAAUUAUUCCUGCUACGUCGAGAAUGGGAACGGGCGCCGGCAUGCCAGUAUUCUUCUACACAAAAGGGAGCUGAUGUACACAGUUGAGCUUGCUGGUGGGCUUGGUGCUAUUCUGCUGCUGCUUGUUUGUUUAGUGACUAUCUACAAGUGUUACAAGAUAGAGAUUAUGCUCUUCUACAGAAAUCAUUUUGGAGCUGAAGAACUAGAUGGAGACAACAAAGACUAUGAUGCAUAUCUAUCUUAUACCAAAGUGGAUCCUGACCAGUGGAAUCAAGAAACUGGAGAAGAAGAAAGAUUUGCUCUUGAGAUUCUACCAGAUAUGCUGGAAAAGCAUUAUGGAUACAAGUUGUUCAUACCAGACAGAGAUUUGAUUCCCACAGGGACCUACAUUGAAGAUGUGGCAAGAUGUGUAGACCAAAGCAAGCGACUGAUCAUCGUCAUGACUCCAAGUUACGUGGUAAGAAGAGGUUGGAGCAUCUUUGAACUGGAAACAAGGCUUCGAAAUAUGUUAGUCACAGGAGAAAUCAAAGUGAUACUGAUUGAAUGCAGUGAACUACGAGGAGUUAUGAACUACCAGGAGGUUGAGGCCCUAAAGCAUACCAUCAAGCUCCUCACUGUCAUUAAAUGGCAUGGACCAAAAUGCAACAAGUUGAAUUCCAAGUUCUGGAAACGUUUACAGUACGAAAUGCCUUUUAAGAGGAUUGAACCCAUGACAAAUGAGCAGGUUUUAGAUGUCAGUGAGCAGGGGCCCUUUGGGGAACUGCAGACAGUCUCCGCAAUUUCCAUGGCUGCUGCCACCUCCACUGCUCUUGCCACUGCCCAUCCAGACCUGCGCUCCACCUUUCAUAACACAUACCAUUCACAGAUGCGCCAGAAACACUAUUACCGGAGCUAUGAAUACGAUGUACCUCCUGCUGGCACCCUGCCACUUACCUCAAUAGGUAACCAGCACACCUACUGCAACAUCCCCAUGACACUUAUAAACGGGCAGCGGCCGCAGACAAAAACUAACAGGGAGCAGAACCCCGAAGAGGCUCACACAAACAGUGCCAUACUGCCCCUCUUGCCACGGGAGACCAGUAUAUCCAGUGUCAUUUGGUGACCGACAUGCAAGGGGCUGCCAACCCCCUUGAGUAGGAGCAGAGUCUGCAGUCUGGUGCCUGGAACUACAUCCUCGACUGCUGCUGUUAAACAUGCAUUACAAUCGAUAACAAACGAGGAAAAACAGGGUCUUGUACAUAUGUUUUUUGCAAUUUCUUUGUAGCAUCAGUCUUCCUGUUUUACCCAUGUCUCUUCCCAUUCACAUUUUUGACUUUGUUUUAUAUGUCAUUGGAAUUUGUAUAUUUACAUUUUUUUUAAAUGGAGAGACUGCUGUAUAGAUAGGAAAUUUUUUGCUUCAUUAGUAUAGUUUUAGACUUUUUGUUUGUUUGUUUAUAACCUCUCUUGGGAAUGCUUGGACAAAGCUAUGUUGAUAUCAGAAGCACCAUCCAUUUUGUUGGCCUGCCUAGCCAUGCCUGCUGCAGAUCACCUCUUUUGGAGAGUUUUUGUUCUUAGAAGGACCCCACUGCUCGCUGAGAGCUCCAGUUUCAUUUCUACUCCUGUAAUGUGCACUGCUCCUUCCCUGCCCUUACAAAGACCCCCAUUUGGGGUAACACUACAGUCUGACCAUCUAACAUGUAACUUGGUAGAUACCUGUCAAACAAGAGAAAAUACCCAAUCUGUAUCGGUUGCUUCACAGUAGUCACUAGAGUGUGUAGAAACUAUAGCUGGUUUGGUUUUUGCUUUCUUGGGUUUGGUUUCUUUCUUAGUUCUUAUUUUAAGAAUGAGUUGGUUGUAUCCCUUUUAUAAAUAUAAAAGCAACCCUAUUUUUAACAAGUCCUGGAAAAGUAUUAAUGUGGUUGUGGAUUUUAUUUUUUUAAGCACUCUUUUUUUUUUUUCUUUCUCAGCUUUCAAAAUCUUGCAAAUAACAUUUGCAAAUGUCAGGCGAGUGAGACGAGUGAGGCAAUAGACACUGAAGUGCAGAGUCCUGCUGAUAUGUACAGUGAUGACUUCCAAACCAAAGGGGAAUAAAAAAGACAGUAUUGUAGAUGGUUUGUCACUUUGUAUUAUAGAAAGUGUUAUUUUCAAAAAAAAAAAAAGUAAGAGCAAAACAUUAUUUUCCUGUGGAUUUCAGAGUCCCUUGUAUUUUAAUGUUCCAAAAACUGUAUUUGCUUUAAAAUUAUAUAUUCAAGAUUAAGAAAUCAUUUUUUUGAUUUGGUUUUAGCUUGUAACAAUAAAUAAAACUUUAUUAAUUUCAACAUGAUUUCAGUAAGAACUCAGGCAGAAAAAAAUGACGUGAUUACCAGAAAUAUAACUGUUUUCAGAAUAAACUUUAUUUAUACAAAAUUAAUAUUUAAAUCAGACCUGGAAGUAUUAAAAACAAUUUAUUCACUUUAAUGAAUAAAUAAAUUAGUUUUAUUUUUAUGUAUGAUUCCAUCUUUGAGGAGUUGCAAAUAAUGCAUGUACCAUGGCUGACAGGGAAGAAUAAAAGCUCACCACUGUGUUUACAUCCAGACACCUUUGAGACAAAUUAAAUAAGCACCUUGCUCAUAUUUAUGUUUUAAAUAACAGAAAGUCCUUUCUGGUUUUAGAAGGAGAGAGGAGUGGUGCAGUUCUGCAGCAUAUUCAGGCCAAGCUCUCUGCUAGUCCCUGCUGGCAGAAGCAGAGGAGCUGGAGUAGAGUUACUGGUUGCAGCACACUGUCAUAGAGCCACGGGUUUGAUUUAUCCUGGCAAAAUUGUAACUGGUGUCCUGGCAAACAGGACUCAGAGUCUAUUUAUGUAAUUAAUUAGUUUUAGGUGUUUUUAUGGCAGCUGAAUGAUAUCGGCCAAUAUAAUGGAUGUUGUGGGGUUUGCUCGUCAUGAUUGUCACAACAAGAAAAAUAGAGCUUAUAAUAUUUUGGUCUUAAUGAGAAGUGAUUGGAGAAGCUGCAGUUCGGGGGAUGUUUGUGGGAGCAAUCCAGAACUGAUAGUGUGGGAGGAAAUGAUUGUGCUUCAGUUGUGAAAGUCAAGAAAUCUCAGUAUCUGCAUAGGAAUCCAAUAGACCUUUGAGGUGUACACUUUUAUUUGCUUAAAAUGUUUAUUUCUCUGAGAUUAAGCUCAAGUCCUUUUCUACAACCUCUUCUUUAUAUUAUAGUGUCUCUGGACAUGUGCCAAACAUCCACAAAAUGGAAAUUAGGCUGCCAGGUCACAUAAAAUUUUAAGAGAACUUUGCAUGUUGGCUUUAAGAAAGCUAUUAUUUAUUUGCUCUUACAGACACCAGUCAGGCACUGAUGGCAUUUUCCUUCAUUCGUUUGGAUGCCUGUCCUGGUUUUCACUGGGCUGAGGUGGGGGAGAAGGGGAGAGGUUGAAUGAGUAGCAGUGGGGUGCUUAAUUUCCAUCUGGGCUUAAACCACAACAGUCCCGAAUACCCCAGGAUCCUCUGAAAGCAAUGCAUUGUUCUUUUCCUCUUUACAUGCCCUGGUGUAAAGACUGGGAUGUGGAAUAAAUGUAGGAUGUAAUUAUUUGACCACAAUCACAUUUAGACAAUGGGUAGGUGUUUUCUUAGCCACAUGGGAAGUACUUUUCUUUUCUUCUAUUUUUAGUGUAGAUUUAAGCACUUUGAAUGGCAUGAUUCAGGGAUUGACAAAUACUAUUUGAUAUUCUCACUACUUAAAGGAAGAUUUUCUUAUAAUGUUUUGUCAUAAUAUUAAAUAUAAGAAAAACAAACAAACAAACAAAAAAAGAGAAACAAACCACAAAACCUGGAAUAAGUGGAGAAGUUGUCUGUGGCUUUAGAAACAUUCCUCCUUAGUAUUCCUCUUCUGUGAACAGCUCCGUGUGCGGAACAGUGAAGGAAAGUGUUGUGUGUUCACAACUCAUGCUCUAUGUUUGACAAAACUUCUGUUGGAACGCAAAAUAAAAUGGAAACAAACAAAUAAGCAAACAAACCAAAACCAACAAAAGCUGUCAUUGCCCUAGUGCUUACGCUCCAUCAUUUUUGGUUUUUGACAAUGCAGCCUGAAAUGUGCAUGCAAUAACCACAUAUAAGGUUUAGCCAUAAGCAAAUAGCACUUUAUUUUAAAGAACGCACAGUGUGAUGAUCAGAAAAACUUACUCUGCCUGGUCAAUAACUUUGGGUCUGUAUGUGGAUUCUAUGCACGUGAAUUAUCCCAGUGUGGUGCUCUGUCUUUCUAAGGCUCUCUCUAAUCGUGAUAGUCCAUGUUAUAAAAGGACUCUUGUUGCACAGCUUGUGUAAAUUCAGUAUAUAGGUUCUCCAGAGAGCAUAUAUAGCUGGAAAGAAAUGGGAGACUGUACUGAAUGCAGCUAAUUAUUCUGAAGGCAAAAUGCAUUGCUGGGUCUGAUUCUGUUCUCAGUUACAGCACUAUGAUUUGAGAGUAAAUCUAAUAAAACUGAAUGAGCGCAGGAUUGAUUUGUGUGGAAGAAGACAAUUGGAAAAACGAAGAGAAAAGGAAUUCAUAUUUGCAGUCUGUGACAAGCUGAAAGCUUGGCUGCAAGGAAAGGAACAGCAAAAUGCCUUCUGGAUUUUAGUGAGGACCCAGUUCUCACCGGGCAGCCAACAUCAAAUGCUUUCGAUAUGAUCUGUUUCAGAGUUCAAUAUUGUUAGGCUUAGAUGCAAACUAAGAUUUUUCUAUUUCUGCACAGCUGUGAAAACCAUGUGUAUUUUACAUAAUGAGUGAUAAUCAGUUCCAUAUUAGUCAGAAAGCUUGUUAUACCCGCCUGAUCAAAAUUCACAGUUUUAUUUGGAUAUUGGGCAUUAAUGACUCAUUUAAAUUAGAGAUAGAGCAGUGAUAUUUGGGAAAAGUGGCCUAGUAAAAAGGAUUCCCUCAUUUUUACACUAAAAAAAUAGAAAAGAAAAAAAAAAGAAGAAGAAUAAAAUGUCAAGCUAGUAUCAAGCUAGUAAGCCUAAGGAGAAUUUAAUUAAAAUCCAAAGAAGGAAGGAAAACCACAGUAGUACAGUAAGCUCAAAAAUAGAACAAUGGCCAAUGGAGAAUAAAGGGCAAAAUACCCACUCUUGCUUUUUGACUGUGUUGUGGUUUCCUUUGUCAUGCAAAGCUCUGUACUCUGGCUGACCUACAUCAAGCAACUGGCUUUUUGGAGGCCAUCCAGACAGAUCAGCAACACAAAUAUGUCCCUGUAUGUCUAGUACACUUCUGAAUAAUUUUGUACUUGUUGACAGUCCAGCACAGAGAGAUUUUUUGUUUGUCCUCUAUUGUUGUUAUAAAGACGAUGGCAAAAAUCUGUCAGCAUUAAAAAAAAUUUCUGUAACAGACUUAUUUUAUUAACUAGAAUAACUAUAUUCCUUCACUCCCACCCCCUAUCUGAUUUGUUGUUCUUAGGACACAUUUUCUAACCCAGCUGAGAAAUAGGUUAAAGUGGCUGGCAACAGAAAAAAUGUAAGCAACCUCAUAAGAAUGAGUUUCCUUGUAUUAUGAGGGUUGCAAGUUCCCUUGCCUUUUUUUUUUUUUAAUUUGGAUAAGCACAUCUCUUCACCUCCUAAAUAGCUCACUGAGUUGAGGUUGAAGAACACCAUUGUGUCUUUAAUUUCAGAUUCUGAAUUUAGCAUGGAUACUGAGCUGUUGUUUGUGAUGUAAUUCUGCAGGGCCAUUUUCCUUUGACUCUGUCUCUAUCCUCCAAGAAGACGUUGGCAGCAUCACACUUCACAAAACAGCCUUAACUUGAUGUUCCAAAACUCAGACUUGUUGCCCUGAGGAGCAAAAAUGAUAAAAAUGUUUCAGCUUUUAAGUUUUUCUAUUUUUUUUUUUUUUUUUUUUUAACUUCUGCUUAUAACAAAGUUUGACUUCUGCUCUGGACUAAUAAGCUCUGGGUGUAGGUUUAGGGUCCACAAGGUCAUGAAACAGUUAGAGAAGAAAUUAAAAAGGUCUGAUACUUUAUCUGGAAAAUAUGUCAAUUCUGAAGCUGUUCAGAUUGCUGAAAAAUGAGUAUAUUUUAUUGAGGCUUUUGAAAGGGAAGUAUUCAGCUUGUAAUUACAGCAAGACUCAUCCCAAAAGCUUAUCAGCAUUCUUAACAUUAAAUAGCUAAUACCUUAAAUAACAUAAUUUCAGAAACAUUCAAUAGUCAAUUCAAAUAUUGUUAUUUGGGGGGACUAAGAGUUACAUGAUUCUCUAGGAUCUAAAUGUUAAAUAAAAUAGAUUAUCUAGUACUGAGGUUAUAGAGAGUACAAACAUUUUUCUUGAUCACCACUAUUAGGAAAAUAAUUUGAAGAAAAAUGCUAGCGCUAAGAAUUUGAGGGAGUUAUUGAUAUCUUUUAUAAAGACAUCUCUUAACCAUCAGAACAUGUCAAAAGGAACAGACAAAUUAUGCAAAAAUAAAAUAGAUCUGGUCUUCAACCAUCUCCUUCUCUGUUAAUCAAAUACUAGCUCUCCUUCUGCCCUCCUCAAAAAUACAAGCUCAUCCAGAAUCAAUCAAUACCUACUGAGCCCAUACUCUCAGACUCAUUCUGUGACAGAUAAAGAAGUGCAAGCCAGAGCAGGCAGCUGCACCGUGUGUCUACGACUGAGAAGCUCCACAGAGGGGAAAGUGUGUUGCUGUGCAUGGAGGAGGAGAGCACAGGCCCCUCUGGCCUCGUGUUCAGUCGCUCCUUUGUCAGGUGGGUGCAGAAGGAGCCUCAAGGUAUCACCCCUGCCCUACCUGCUGCAGGCAACACGCAGGGAAGGUGGGCAGUAAGUUGCUACUGAUGUUAGUGAAAAUAAACAUGAGAACUAUCAGAUGUCGAGGGACAGAUACCCUGUGACAAAGCAGCUGGAGGAGCAGAAGCGGCUGGCAAUAUUUCCCAUUUGCUCCAUGUUCAAUGUAAAUGCCAACGCCGAGCAGAGGAACAGGUCAGCUUGCUUGGUUAGUGUGCAAUCCACUAAAUGACAGCUACAGGAAAUUGCCUUCUCGGUCAGGUAACACCACACCUGAGCAUCCUUGCAGGAAUUUCCAUCCCAUUCCAUCCCAUCCCAUCCUAUCCUGUCCCACUCCCUCCUCUCAUAUCUGCUUACCUUGCAGACUGAAGUACAAGCACUCAAAGCUUGCUGUAAGGCCUCAGAUUGGGGUCCACAAAAAAACUCUUUGCAGAGGUGUUUAGGGUGAGUAGAUGCCUUGUUUCCUGAGACUUACAGGAGUAAAGCUUUCAGCUGCAAAAAGGCUGUAUUUUUUGUUCUCAAUACACUAUUUUUCACAUCCACAUAGACUGCUAAUAUGAAGCAACUAUAUUGAUACUAUCCUGAUCUCUGAGGUGAGAAGAAAGUCUUAAAAAUGUCAGUUAUGGGCUCAAGAUAUUCCACUAAGCUGCAGUCUGCACACACACACUUGAAAAACAAACACAAAGAAAAAAAAAGCAAAUUAGCAAUGCAAUUACUUAAUCUUUUUUAACCUGGGUUUAGACUAUUCUUUUUCAAGAGAAGGUUGUUUUCUUCUGAUAUUUUGUAGGAAGUUAAAUAAGAGCCUUUUCCAAAUUUUCUCUUCAUUCUUUGCAUGACAGGUAAAUCAUAGAGAGAUUUGUUUAGGAAAUCCCAUUAUUCAUUGUAAAUUAAAAACAAGUGGCAAUGAAUUUACAGACACACAAGAAGUUGUUUGCCAAAGUUAAUAUUCUCUGGUGAACAGCUCACUGCAGCCCUAAUUGAGUUCUUAGGAAUGUUUCAGCACAAAAUUUAAACAAUUAGUAUUAUAUGUUUUCCUUCAGCAUCACAUUAGAACACGGUACAUUUGUCAUCUUAACACCUAGGCAACUUCCUAUGGAACAAUUAUGUAAAUACAAAGCAGUGAGGAGAACAGUGACACAAUUGUCUCUACAUCUAUCUUAGCAAAAUAGUUCAGUGACACCAAGCUCCUUCUUUGAGACCACUAACCUCUGCCUACCUCAGCAAAACACAUGAAUCUGCAAACUGUGCAGACAUCUGGGAAAAAAUGUUGCAAUAAUCACUCUCAAAUCUUAGUUACAUCACAAAAAGCACUUUAUGCAAUUUUAUUCCUGUGCACGAAUAUUUUAACCAUUUAAUCAUAGAACUGUACAACGAAAUAAAAUAAGUAGCUCUCAAAAAAGGGAAAGGAAGUCCCAAAAAACUGUUUUUUUUCAUAGCAAGGCAUUUCCCAUGUGCUGCAAGGAGAUGACAAACUUGUAACCAAGCCAUUGAUAGGGAUAAUGUGACACAGAUACAUUACUGGGGUGACACAGGGUGGGAGAGGUACAGGGAAGAUUUUUAUUGGUCACGUCGUGGCCAGGUAGGUUAACACAACUAGCAUUCAUCUAGUCCUGCUGCCACGGGAAAUUACAGAUAUCUUUUGCCUGGAAACCCAAAUUUAGCUGAGACUUCCUGCACCAGCUGUUUGCUAUCUGAAGCCAUGCCAAAUUUCCUAUUGUAAAUAAUGCUGUCAAUACAGUUCAUCUUUUACUUUCUCCGAUUAUCUCUUCCCUCUUCUAAACAAUAGAGCUUGUGAAUAGCUUUCAGUACCACAUAGCAAAUACUGUUCCUACUUUUUUUUUUCUUUUUCAUGUUUUUAAUUGUUUGAAGAGUGAGAAGCAGCAGCAAAGAUGCUAUCUGCUUGAAAUGACACUUGCCAAGAUGUUCUUUAGAGAAUGUUGAAGAAAAAUUCCCUUUUAGUCACAUUGGGCCCCUUACCAGAUAUACAACUUUCAAGAUAUCCCCUCAGACAGCAAUCUAGAGCAUAAGAAGUUGGACAGAGACUGAGAUGCACAUGCAUAUAAUUUUCAAGAAUGUUUUCAUUCCUUGUAGCUCCUUUAAUUGUGUUUUUGUUUGCUUGGCCUUGCUUUGCUUUGUUCUGGUUUGUUUUCACAGGGAGACAUCAGGACUGAGAUACCAUUGCACUGCAUGAGUGUAUUAGGAAGAAUGGAGUGGGAGCCCAGAAAACUGGAGUGAAAUAGUCAUAAACGAGUCUGAAAGUCAGGAGACUUUCAGCACAAAUGUGCACAUGGCAACUGUUCAAAGAGCAGUUGGUUUUCUUUAGCUCCCACUUCAGUCAGGUCUCCACUUCAUAGCCCAUCCAAAAAAAUAGGUAUUUUUAGGGAAAAUUGUACUUUCAGGUGCUAUUAUACCUGGAGUCUCAGGCACAGUGAGUCUGAUUCCCCCUGCUCACUGAGAAAUGAGCUUCCUUGAAAAGCUGAGGUUUUUCCAGCCUUCUGAUUGCUACCUGUUGGCUCUCUAAGGCUCUCCAAAGUAUUGAAAAAAUAAAAUAAAAUAAAAUAAAAUAAAAUAAAAUAAAAUAAAAUAAAAUAAAAUAAAAUACUUUAAAGUCAAGGUGAAUCUAUGGGAACUUACAAAAUUAUUGGUUAUUUCAAAUACUUUACUACAACACAGAUAUCUGCCCCUUCUUCCUGCAACUCUUACGGUUCUUCUGCUCUAGGUAAUAAUUUGCUAUAAUUUAUUUCACAUGUCCUGUAAAAAUACGACCUAAGAUGUUUUUAUAUUAUUCAGAAAACUCAUCAAUAAUUUUGACAUCUUCAUUAUAAAGGUUUGAAGAUUUGUUAAUGAUACACGUUCAGCAUGCUAAUACAGUUAAAGAAGGCAGCUGCCCAGUGCUGGGCAGUGGUGAAGCAGCAGCAAGGUAGUGAGUAGAGUAUGCUAAAAGACAGAAUACUAAACUUAGCUUUUACAGCAAAAGGGAUUAUCUCCCAGCAAUGUAUCUAAAUAUCCCCUGCUGUCAUUCAUGGCAGUUUUGAGCCAGCUAUGGAUUUUGCAAGAAGAGCACAUUGAUCAAUUCUGUGCAGUUACUAGUGUCAUGAUACCUCUGAUAAUAUAUAAAAUGAAGCAGAUGCACCAUUUCGUAGGUAAAUCUUUUUAUUAGCAUAUUGUGCGUUCCGCACCUUCUUCAGAUGACAAGUAAACAAAAUGACCAAAAAGAUCUUUAACAGAAAGAACAUAUGUCUACUUCAAAUACCAGAAGAAAAAUUUCAUCACCUGCUCUUUCAUAAAAAAAAAAAAAAAAGCUGCAAAGGUAAUGCAAAUAAAGCAAUUUGUCAAGGGGAUUUAGUUUCUUUAAUUUUAUUUAUUUCCUUUACUCAUCUCAGAAGGAGUUGACUGUCCUCAAGCAGAAUGCACAACACGACUCAAGCAGUAACAGCCCCUUCUUGGGAGCCCACUGUUCAAAGUUAUAACCUGUAUAAGCAUCUUGAUAAAGGACUUUGUUAAUAAAGCUCUCAGCUGGUCCUCUACAAUCUGAGGAACCAGCAGAGUGGGAUUGCUUUGUAGCUCCUGUUGAAUACAUGAACAUACAUUGAAGAUAUAAAUGUCUACUUACCAUCUUUAAUUUUGCAUUGAUGGAAUGGAGCAAGGAAGUGCCAUGCUAGGCUUUGGCACCUUUUAUCCUAAUUUUCUUAAUAGUUGAUUAAAGUAAAAAAAAAAAAAUACUUCUACCGAAGUCAGCAGAAUUACCUGUAGGUCUGUAUAACUGGUGCAAAAAUAAAGAGCAGAAUCAGGCCCAGAAUUUGUGAACAUGAAUUUCUGUCUAUUCUACUAUUUAAUAGAAGUUUUAGCAUCAUUGCCUUUUCUAAAUGUCCAUAACUAUUGCCAUACAAACCAUAAAUUAACAUAUGCUUUCUUUUCAAGGUUUUCUUUCAGGCUACAGGUAUGAUUAUCAACUGGAAAAUAUGUCUCUUCCUUUAUACACUUUGUUCAAAAUCGUUAAAGUUAAAAUAUAAGCACUAAAGUUAAGUAGAAAUACAUCAACCUAUAUUUAUGACUACUGUAUAUCAAAGAUUUUACCUAAAGAGGUUUACUUAUAUUUAUUUUUGAAAAAAAUUAGAUGGGUCAUAGCUAAAAGGAGCUGCAUUUUUGUAGGAAUACUAUACUUACUGCUGAGAAGCAAGAGAGUCGUGAUCAAAAUGUUACCUAGUUUCAGUGUAUGUUACUUUAAAAAGAACAUGGUUUAUGUUAUCCUAACUUUUGGAAAAUUCACCAAGCCUGGUAUAAGAAAAAAAAUAAGACCUUAUUGUAAUAGCUAUAACAUAUUGAAAAUUUUGUAUUUUCAUCAAUUUUAUUCUUACAGGAGAAAAGACAUCACUCACUCAAUAUGAAUGCUGCACAUGUUAGCAAUAGAAACAUUGAUUUUUGUAACUUUGAUUGCACUUGCCUUAACUUUUCCACACAUAUGUACAAACACAAAUAACACAUAGAGGGGGGGAAAAGAGAAUUAAGAGAAAUAAAACCCACAAAAGUAGGCAAGUUUUACAUUAUUUAAUGAAUAACAACACGUGAGCUUUUUCAAUAGAAUCCUUGUAAAGAGCACAUGAUGCCAUAAGUUUGUUAAAGCACAAGGUGUACUUUGUCUAAAUGAAAAAAAAAACAACAACAAAACAACACAAAACCAAACAAAAAAACCCUUUUGGUGUGACUUUAAUUUAAGUUUAAAAAAGUUGGAUGUUUAAAAAAAAUCUUUAUUACUUGCAUAUGAAUAUUUUUGUAUGAUAAUAUAUGAAGAAGGUUUUAAAACAAAACAAACAAAAAAAAAACCACACUUGCUUUAUAGUGUGCAAAUUUUAGAGGAAAGUAAACAGGGUAUGUGUCCAAUUUGUAAAACAAUGUUCUCCUUUCAAGAUUACUCUUUCACUGACUAAAUGCAAGGUUAUGACAACUUGAAAUACUUUUUUUUUGUGAACUGACAAAGAAAAAAAUAAAGCAAAUGUGAAUAAUUU